CCCCUUGCUUAUCUUCGCAGGUAAAGAAGCGGUCACGUCAUCAGCACAGGAGACAGGAAAAUAAAGGCGCUGUUUACCGUCCAUAAUGAUGGAAGAUGAGGAAUUAGAGUUUGUGGAAGAUUUAGAAGCGAUAUUGCACCUUACCCCAGAAGUGCAGCUGGCUAUUGAGCAGGUUUUUCCAAGCCAAGACCCGUUGGAUCGAGCUGAUUUUAAUGCUGUUGAGUACAUUAAUACCUUGUUUCCAACCGAGCAGUCAUUGGCCAAUAUAGAUGACGUGGUUAAUAACAUACGGCUAAAAAUCAGACGGUUGGAUGAUAACAUCAGGACGGUGGUGAGGGGACAAACUAAUGUGGGACAGGAUGGCAGACAGGCGCUGGAGGAGGCACAGAAAGCCAUCCAGCAACUCUUUGGCAAAAUCAAAGACAUCAAAGACAAAGCAGAAAAAUCAGAGCAAAUGGUGAAGGAGAUCACACGGGACAUCAAGCAAUUGGACCAUGCAAAGCGUCACCUGACAACUUCUAUAACUACCCUGAAUCACCUGCACAUGCUGGCGGGUGGGGUGGACUCUCUUGAAGCUAUGACUCGAAAGAGGCAGUAUGGUGAGGUGGCCAAUCUCCUCCAGGGUGUGGUCAAUGUGCUCGAGCACUUCCAGAAGUAUAUGGGCAUCCCUCAGAUACGCCAGCUGUCAGAGAGAGUCAAAGCAGCACAGAGCGAACUUGGCACUCAGAUUCUUGCUGACUUCGAGGAGGCUUUUCCUGCGCAGGGGUCAAAAAAAUCUGGAGGUCCUAGCAUGGUGCUUAGAGAUGCCUGCUUGGUAGCGAAUGUCCUGGAUCCUCGUAUUAAGCAGGAGAUCAUCAAAAAGUUCAUAAGACAGCACCUCUCUGAAUACUUAGUGCUCUUCCAGGAGAACCAGGAUGUGGCAUGGCUUGACAAGAUCGAUCGGCGCUAUGCGUGGAUCAAACGUCAGCUAGUGGACUAUGAGGAGAAGUACGGGCGCAUGUUCCCCGAGGAGUGGUGCAUGACAGAACGCAUCGCUGUAGAGUUCUGUCAUAUAACGAGAACCGAACUGGCCAAGCUGAUGCGAACCCGCGCCAGGGAGAUCGAGGUCAAACUUUUGCUCUUUGCUAUUCAGAGGACCACCAAUUUUGAGGGACUGCUGGCUAAGCGGUUUUCAGGCUGCACCUUGAACGAUGGGCCUGGGCAGAAAAAAACAGAGACUCCUCUAGAACCUACAAACCCCUUUCUGGAGGACGAGUCUGGUGAGGAGAACGUAUCAGAAAAAGAUGAAGAUUUGGACAGGCCAAAGAAGCCCAAAGCUCCAGACAACCCCUUCCAUGGCAUCGUUUCCAAAUGCUUUGAGCCUCACCUUUACGUUUACAUCGAAUCGCAGGACAAGAAUCUUGGAGAGCUCAUCGACCGCUUUGUCAGUGAUUUCCGGACACAGGGUCCACCUAAAUCGGGCACAGAUGAGGCUGGUGCCGUUCUUCCCAGCUGUGCUGAUCUCUUCGUGUACUACAAAAAGUGCAUGGUCCAGUGUUCUCAACUGAGCACCGGAGAACCCAUGAUCGCUCUUACCACAAUCUUCCAGAAGUAUCUGCGCGAGUACGCCUGGAAGAUCCUCUCCGGGAACCUACCCAAAAACAGUACCAAUAGUGGUGGUCUGACCAUCAGCAGCUUGCUUAAGGAGAAAGAAGGCUCAGAAGUGGCCAAGUUUACCACAGAAGAGCUCUGUCUCAUCUGCAGCAUCCUCAGCACAGCCGAAUACUGCCUGGCCACCACACAGCAGCUGGAGGAGAAACUCAAAGAGAAAGUGGACAAAUCUCUGAUGGAGAGAAUCAACCUAACUGGGGAGAUGGACACUUUUAGCACGGUUAUUUCCAAUAGUAUCCAGCUCUUGGUUCAGGACCUGGAUGCUGCGUGUGAUCCAGCCCUCACGGCUAUGAGCAAGAUGCCGUGGCAGAGCGUGGAACAUGUGGGAGACCAAAGCCCUUAUGUGACCUCUGUGAUCAUGCACAUCAAACAGAACGUGCCCAUCAUCAGAGACAACCUGGCCUCCACACGCAAAUACUUCACCCAGUUCUGCAUUAAGUUCACCAACUCCUUCAUUCCAAAGUUCAUCAACCACCUAUUCAGGUGCAAACCCAUCAGCAUGGUUGGAGCAGAGCAGCUUCUACUGGACACUCAUUCACUCAAGACUGUUUUGCUAGACCUUCCUUCCAUCGGCUCUCAGGUGGUCCGUAAAGCCCCGGCGAGCUACACCAAAAUAGUGGUUAAAGGAAUGACUCGGGCGGAGAUGAUCCUCAAGGUGGUCAUGGCCCCUCAUGAGCCAUCAGUGGUCUUCGUGGACAACUACAUCAAACUCCUUGCUGACAGUAAUCCGGAGACUUUCCAGAAGAUUCUCGAUAUGAAGGGGCUGAAGCGGAGCGAGCAGAGCUCCAUGCUGGAUCUUUUCAGACAGAGGUUGCCCACUCCCCCCUCCGGACCAGACGGUGGCCCAUCACUGUCCUUCAGUACCCCUACUCCUGAACAAGAAUCAUCCCGCAUCCGGAAACUGGAAAAGCUCAUUAAAAAAAGAAUUCAAUAAGUCAGCUUGAGCUUUAUUACAAUCUGUAUAUUAACAAAAGCUUUAUUUCCGGUGUCAACACUUUCAGGCUGAAUGUGUUUACACUUUAUUGUGCUAUUAAUGAGGUGUAAAUAUUGUUUCAUUUUUUUGUAUUUAUGUUCUCUUAUAAAUACUCAUUGUCCAGUCAUUGACAUUAAGGUUUUCUUGCGUUACUGUGAGCCUCCAAGGCUCAACAUAAUGAAAUUUCCUACAGUAUAACAGUGGCAUAUUACUGGCGUGAAUGAGUCAUUUCUCGUUUUUUUCCUUUGUUUUACAACACUAAAAUCUAUAACUCUCACAAUGUGUCAUUAAUCUUGCACAUUGGUCUUGUAAUAUGUUUAAAUCAAAAACAAAGGGCAUUGUGUCCCAAAGAAGCAACCUGCUGCUAUUCUGGCACAAAGUCUUCUGAAGUAGGAUUUCCAAUAUCAAAAUGAUUUAAAGCCAAUGUUUUAGAUUUGUCCUCUCACUAUAGCAGUAAAUGACUAGGUGCAUAUGGAGUGUAGGAGUUGGUGGGCAAUUGAGCGGGGAUUCACAUGUGACAAGGUAUCUAUGUUAGAGACUUAACACCAAAGGAGCUUGGGAUUUCCUGUCUCCUGCUGAAAUGACAAACCAGUUGUUUUGGCUUUUAAAAUACUUUCCCAUGUUCCUCAUGUCUUCGUAGAUGUUACAACAAUACUGGAGCUGUAAUGAAGAAAAAUGUACCCCUUGCGCUUUCCCUUGGCAGAGAUAUUUCACUGAGAACAAUAACUGUAGUUCAGGAGAUUAUCGGAAAGUAUAAGUGAGCACAUUAUUUUCUUUUUAAGUAAAGAAGUGUUUGCUUUUGUCAAUUUAUUAUGUAGUCCUCAUAAUAACAUAUUAUUUUAAUGAACGCUGGAAUCAGUAGUUUUACUGUACUUUUGCUUACUGUAGUUUUCAUUGAUCUCAUUGAUCGUGUGCUUUUUAAAAACAGAACAUGACGUGUACAAUGAAUGUAUGGUUCAUAUCUUAUUAAUGUUGGGUUAGUGCGAUUUCAUGUGCAAUGUUUCUUGCUAUGAUUAAUAUGAUUAAUAUCUUGAAAUGCUAACAUUCCCGCCUUCUAUAAGUACUCAAGUCUUUUUAAUACCACUGCAAAAUCUUGUCAAUAAAAAUCAGUUGUGUCAUGGA